UCGUAAAAAAGUCGCUAAAAUUCUCAUUUCUUACUAAUUCUGAAGUUGAACGAAACGGUGCACCAUGCUCGAACAUUAUGUCCUUCGAUAGCCUUCCACUGGAAAUCGUGCAGCUCAUAUUCGAUUGGCUACCGUUUCGGGAUCUGCUCAGUGCCAGUCUGGUGUGUCAGAGUUGGUACUAUGCCACCGAGAACCCACUCACCAGAAGAAGCUGGCUUGCGAUUCACCUGGACCGGACCAAUGAUCUCACCGAGCUGGCAUGGAACCGUCGAAGUCACAGAAACGUCCUUCUCACCAUGGUCCAUUCGUGGGAACAGCUGAAGCCAACGAUGGACGUUUGUAGUGAAAAGGUUAACCUCCGGCGGUUGAGCAUCACCCGAGCUUGGAUAGAUUAUGUGUGCCAGUUUUUCCUGCUCUACGCUGAUUGGUUGGAUAGAGUCGAAGAGGUUCACAUCUCGCUCGAUCAUCGCUUCUUUCGGAAUGACACCUGCAGUGGAAAGACCUACGUGAUACGAUUACCCACGGCUAGAUGCUUGCACUGGAGUGAAAUUCACAUACGAAGAGGCAACAGGACCAUCACUGUCAAUGGACCCCGUUUGAAACGGGUAUCCAUUAGCGACAGCUUCGCCAGCAAACUCAUUCUAAUACUGCCCGACUGUGAUGCUUUAGAAUCGUUGGAGUGCACUUUAUACAGGAAAAACUUUACCGAACUAUACAGAGCAUCUUUCGAACACUUGACAACGCUUAUUUUGCGAAUAUACUAUACGGUUCAAAAUGUUAAGUUUUUAUACUCUUUACCUAGGCUAAAAUGGUUAACGUUGCUGGUCGAGUUGGAGAAGGAACUACUGGAGUCACUUUUCGUCGAUACUAUGGAUGCGAUCACCGGAUGCAAGCUCCUGGAAGGGUUGCAGUUAGUGCUGAUGGGUGACACCGCACCGUGCAGUGUAGACCUUAACCGACUUGCUGAAUCACUGCCUCUCCUGGAGCAACUGGAGCUGAACAAUGUGUACUUAAGCCCGGGAUGGAAGCCGACAGCUUUUCAACGAUUAACCCUCCUAAAACUAGUCAACGUAGAUUUGAGGGAAGAAACCGAUAUUCUUGCAAUGCACUACCCAGCUUUGCGAACAAUUUCCCUCAAUGCUAAACUGCUUUCCCGAAUAAGUCUUCAAGCUGGACCAAAUAAUAAGCUACUUUUUGUAAACGUAGAAUCGCUUAACCUGGCAGAAGCGCUGGAUUCGUACUUGAGCCCUUUUUUGAAACAAUCCAGCAACAUGGUCCGGGAGCUGAUACUGUUUAAGCCUGACUGCUACGAUACCGUUGUGGAUUCUAGUUGCCCGCUAAGUGGUUUACACAACGUGGAACGACUCCAUUUAAUCAAUAUGGCAAUUUCUUUAGAAAGCCUUAAGCUCAUUGCGGAAUCCAACCAUCUGAAACAUCUCACCCUGUCCAAAUGCCUGAUCGGAACCAAAGACGCCGACGAAAUGGUGAUCCUCGACCAUUUAAAUCAGCUAACCGUCAGCCAAGUGCAGUUGGUCAAUCAACAUCAGAAGCGCUUUCCUUUGGCGACGAGCACCGGGGAGGAUCUGGUGGGGGAAAAACGGUACGGGUCAAUCGUUUUCGAUUCAAAUGGCGCAAAUGACGAAUUGGUGCGGAAAUACUCGCUUGGAAAUAAAAGAAUUUGCCCUAUGUAA